GUUCUCCACUCUCAGCUGCCAGCUCUUCUGUUCCAACUUGUGCUGCUUCUAUCUUUGAUUGAUCAACAAACUUCUCUCAGCGAUGGAGCCUCUGAUCAGACGUCAGUCCCCCCAAAAUCUAGGGUUCUCCAGUUACUCCAGCAGUCCGACAGCAGUAUAUAGGGGGUAUGCCCACAGUGUCAGUGGCGGGGCUGGGGGUAGUGGGACCAGAAUGUCCACCGUUUCACAUGGCACGAGGGUUGGCACCGGCUUUAGUGGGGGGUACGACUACCGAUCUUCUGGGGCAACGUCUGGGACCAUGUCAAUUGGAAAUGAGAAGGUUGCCAUGCAGCAUCUGAAUGACCGUCUUGCCAGUUACUUGGAGACAGUAAGGAAUCUAGAGAAGGCCAACACAUCUCUGGAGAUUAAGAUCAGGCAGGCCAUUGAGAAGAGAGGCCCAUUGGAAGGACGAGACUACAGCAAAUACACCAUUAUUAUCACCGAGCUGAGAGCCAAGAUCUUUGAUAUGAUGAAAGGCAACGCCCGUCUUGCAAUUGCUGUUGACAACGCACGACUGGCCUCAGAUGACUUCAGAUUUAAGAUGGAGUAUGAGGUGAACCUGCGGCAGACUGUGGAGGCUGAUAUUGCCAGACUUAGGAAGAUUCUGGAUGACACUAAUGUUAUACGUCUGCACCUGGAAGGGGACAUUGAAGCUCUUAAGCCAGAGCUGAUCACUCUGAAGAAGACCCAUGAGGAGGACGUUGAUGAAUUGCGCACCCAGAUUACGCAGGCUGGCGUCCGUGUGGAUGUUGAUGCUCCUAAAGGCCAGGACCUGGCCAGGAUCAUGGAGGAAAUGAGGGAGAAAUAUGAAAGGAUGGCACUUAAGAACCAGGCGGAACUCAAAGCAUGGCACGAAUCUCAGAUCACAGACGUGCAGGUCCAGGUGACCAAGAGCUCAACAGCUCUGAAGGAUGCCACAAGUGUGAUGAGUGGAAUUAGGAGGACACAACAAGGCUUGGACAUUGAACUUCAGUCUGCACUUAGUCUGAAAGCCGCCCUGGAGGCCACCCUGCGUGACAUCGAGAUGCGAUACAACCUGGAGUUGGAGAAGUACAACUUGAUCAUUCUGAGGUUUCAAGACCAGCUAACUCAGAUCCGCACCGACAUCCAGCAAAACUCAAGGCAGUACGAAAACCUGCUGAACAUCAAGGUGAAGUUGGAGGCUGAGAUUGCCGAGUACAGGAGGCUGCUAGACGGUGAGACAGACUUGAAACUGGAGGAUGCCAUUGAACAAAAGAAGAUGGAAAAGAAGAUGGAGACUAAAGUGAUGACAGUCACUCAGACCAUUGUGAAUGGGAAAGUGGUGUCAGAAAGCAAGGAUAUUAAAUCCAGCGAACACUAGCUGUAACCAAAAUAUAAUAAGAAAUAAAACCUGAAAAGAAAAAUAGAAAA